AUCAACUUCAUCGGAGAAGUUUUCUAAACUCUUCUCUUUUAUUUUUCUUUAACUGAAAAUAAAGGGUAAAAUAACCAUAUGUUAUGCUACCUAUAAUUUUCAAGUGAAUUUUCCUGUAAACCAAACAGACAAGUGUGAUGAUUAGAAACUCUAUUGGAUUGAACCAGAUCACUUUAAUUACCAAGUCGAUGACAAAGGUAACAUCUCCAUGAGAAGACUUAGAUGACAAUGUAUUUUCCACAGUACUGUUUAAGUACACCAAGUGAGGACCAUGUGAAUUUAAUUAACUAGAGGUAUUGGACUGUGCAGAUUCAUUCAAUUUAUUGGUUAACAAUGGUGCAGCAGCAGGCCAAGUUAUAUUUCAUACUCAUAUUCACAUAAUCCCUCGGAAAGCACAUGACUGCUUGUGGACUUCCAAGGUAUGUCAUAUACUUCACCUGCUUAUAUCUUUUCACGUUAGGCAAACCCUCCUGUCCUGUAUUUAUGGAUAUGAAACGGUGGCGAAUUUUACAGAGUUUGCACAGGCGUCAAUUAAAGGUAGAUCGAGAAGCUUUAGGGCUGGCAAAUCGUAUCCAAGAAUUGUUGUCAAACAUUUCGGAGGGCAGCAAAGAUCAAGAAUCUGGCCUUUCAUGAUUAAAUGGUGGGAUUAGCUUUCUGUUUUGCUUUACACGAUGCACGCAUUGCGCAUAUGUAACAAAUGUUUGUUUUUUCGAUAUCAUAAUGUAUAUCCAAUGUUUUCGACUUUCUUACAUGAUUCUCGAGGUGUUGUGGCACUACGUUUGUUUUUCUUGCGUAAAAACUUUGCUUUUACU